AUGGACGCUCCAAAUGGGGCGCCAGCAGCAGCGCGCACCUCCUCGUCGUCGUCCGAGCCAAAACGGCCCAUCGUCCUCGUAACGGGCGCCAACACCGGCGUCGGCUUCGGCAUCUGCCAGCGCCUCAUCGUACAGCUCUCGUCGCCCACGCCCACCGACACCGUGCCCACCAACCCGCAAAAGAACCGCCCAGAGUCGACGCAGUAUGCACCCAGCCCCUACGCGGCCGCCGACGGCGCCACCAUCAUCCUUGCCUGCCGCAACCCGAUCAAGGCGCACAAGGCGAGGCGCCAGCUCCACCAGCUCCUCAAGUGGAUCGAGAACCUCCCGGACCACGUAGACACCCCGGCGGGUCCGCCAGAGUCCUGGGCCUACGCCUUUGACGACUCCUCAAAGGACGAUAAGCUCGAGGAUCUCCACGACGAGGCCGAUCUCCGCGCCAACAUCCCCCACGAGGACGCCGAUCCCGCGCUCGUCGCCCAUGCCCAGGAGAACAAUGUGCGCAGGAGGCGCAAGCUCCGCUCCGCUGCGGCUGUGGUAGGCGAGGCUGAUGCGCAGGACGAGGCGGAGCUCGACUCGCCGAGUCCAUCUCCGGCAUCGCCCGACCUCGACGAGUCGGUCGAGACGAGAGACCGACGGGCCAAUGCAGAGUACCGGAAGCGCUUCUGUCAGGGCACGCGUAUCGAGUUUGCUCCGCUCGACCUCGGGAGCAUGGCCAGCGCUCUCGAGUGCGCGAGGACCAUCCGUGGAAGGUACCCUUAUCUCACCCACAUCAUCCUCAACGCGGGCUCCUCGGCGUGGAUCGGCCUCGACUGGCUGCACGCCACCUGGAUGGUCAUGACGAGCUUCCGCUAUGCCGUCACCUGGCCGGCCUACAAGAUCCAGCGAGCGGGCGACAUCAGCGACGAUGGUUUCGGCUGGGUGUGGCAGUGCAACGUCGGCGCACACUGGGUCUUGGUGCGUGCGCUGCUGCCAUCGCUGCGGUCCACGCCCUACUCGGUGUCGUCGCGCGUCAUCUGGACGAGCUCGGUCGAGGCCUUUUCGCACUACGUCGACCCGACCGACUACGAGUGCAAGGACGCCAAAAAGUCGCCGCUGCCUUACGAGUCGACAAAGUAUCAGUGCGAGCUGGCCGCAUUCGGCCUGGACGACGCGCUGCAGAAGCGGCAGAUCCGGACGCAGCCUGGUACGCCGCGCGACGAGCGGCCCAGCUUCCCCGGGCUCACGCCCGUCGACGAGAACCGCGGCCUGUCGGCGCCGACGUCGACGCGAGGCGACUCGCAGGGCUUCGUGCCCAACAAGGGCUACCUCGGCCUGCCGCCGGCGUCGCGUGCCCUGUCGCCGGAGCUCGAGCCGCGCGUCUUCCUCACGCAUCCGGGCGUCGUUGCGUCGUCGAUGAUGGCCGACUUCCUCUUUAGCUGGCUCGAGCUGGCCAUGAGGUUUGCCUUCUACCUCGCCCGGCUCGUCGGGUCGCCGCACCACCCCAUCGACCCGUUCAAGGGGGCCGUGUCGGUCUCGCACGUCUCACUGGCGCCCAUGGACCACCUGGACCCGAAGCGGCGGUACGGCUCGCGGUGCGACAUGUGGGGGCGCGAGUACGUCGGCAGCGAGCGGAUCGAUGACUGGCGGCCCGACAUGGGCGGAGCCGGUCCGGGCGUCGGCGCGCGCCUGGCGCUGGCGGGCGUCGAUCCAGACGAGACGUACAACGGCGACGGCGACGGCAAGGUGCUCAAGAUGGCGCGCGACUACGUGCGCUACUGCGAGAAGAUGGCGCAGAACGUCUGGAAGAGCGCGCGCGCCGGCGCCCUGCCGCCGUGGGCCUCGCUCGCCGGCGACGAGCUCGUCGCGGACAACGAGCCCUUCAAGCCGCCUCGCUCCGCUGCCAACGUCGGCGGCGACGUUGAGGCGACGCUCAAGACUGAGAUGGUGCCCGACUCGGCGGAGAGCGGCGUCAAUCGCGACGAGUGGGAGAAGGUCGAGCGGAUCGAGUGA